AUGGUCGAUAAUGUCGAAUACACUUAUGAAAUCAUCGACAACGAAUCUGAUGCUCGAUUGUGUGCACAAUUACUAGCGGAAGCAUUUGCUCUGCACAAUCCUAUGGCCGUCUUUCAUCAAAUGUCAGCACAACAAUACUAUGAUGAGUUCAUGUGGCCAAUAUUGAAAGAAGUUUUCGAUGAACGAUUAUCCUUUCUUGCUCGAUAUCGUCAGUCGGGAGAGAUUGUCGGUGCUAUUGUUGCUGGUGAUAUGUAUUUGCAUAAUCAAAAACAUCCAUAUGAUUCAAAUAGCGGUCCGCAACGUGUUCCUCUCAGUGAUUUAAUGCAAGAAAUGCAAGACCUGUUUAUAUGUCGUGAUUUUGGUCAAGAAUUGAAGCCCCAAAUGGUUUUACAUAUUUCAGUUGGUGGCACUCAAGCAUCCCGUUCGAACAAAGGUGUUGCAAGUGGAUUACGAAAAGCUAUGUGUGCUCAUGCGCGAGACAAACGAGGAUUUCAAUAUGCAUUUGUGCAAGUGAAUAAUGAAGCAACACGACAUAUAUACUUAAAUAAAUUGGGAGGAAAAGAAGUAACAAAAAUCGAUCCAUCUAUUUGGUUGUGGAAAAAGAAGGGUGAUGGAUUAUCAUGUCCGUAUAGAGACUACAAGGGUGGACCAAUACCAAAUAUUCUUGUGGAUCUAAUUCAUAAUGAAAAUAUAUGA